AUGCCCGGACUGAGUGGCGAGUAUGGACACCAGGGCAGCAGCAUGCUGCUUCUGCACAACAUGGCUGGAUGCAGCUGUGGCCUUACUGAUGCAAGGAAGAAUGCUAUCCCAGUUGGCAUCGAGAAUGACAAUGGUAUUGAUAACAGUGACAGUUUGGUUCCCAUUGUUUCACCGGUUGAAGGAACAGGCAACAGGAUACAAAACACCGUCAUGCAGGAAGCAUUGUGUGGGAAUAAAACUGGUGAAUGGCAUCUGCAACAUUGGUGUAACAUCUGCAAAAAGACGUUUACACAGUUGCAAGACCUGAAGGAUCACUCACAUGUGGACACAAGUGAAGUUCUGCAUUCUUGCAACGUGUGCCACAAGACAUGUACUACAAGAGCUACUGUAGAGGGGCACUUCCACCUGCACACUGGUGAGCGACUCUACACCUGUCGCAUUUGCAACCAGACAUUUACACAAAGUAGUCAUCUUAGGCAGCAUUCAAAUCUGCUUAGUAGUGAUUGCACCUACAGCUGUGGAGUUUGCAGUGAGACAUUCACAGAGAGGGGCAGUCUGAUGCAGCAAUCAAAGGGACACGUUGGAGAACGUCCCUACAGCUGUGGUAUAUGCAACAAGACAUUCACAGAAAGGGGUAAUCUGAAGCAGCAUUCAAAGGUACACAGUGGUGAACGCCCCUACAGCUGUGGCACAUGCAACAAGACUUUCAAACUAAGUUCUCAUCUGAAACGACACUCACAGCAGCACUCUGGUGAACGCCACUACAGCUGUGGCGUAUGUAACAAGACUUUCAAGCAAAGUUCUCAUCUGAAACGACAUUCACAGCAGCACAAUGGUAAACGCCCCUACAGCUGCGGCAUUUGCAAUAUGAUGUUUACAGAAAGGGAAAAUCUGAUGCAACAUUCAAAGCUACACAUUGGUGAACGCCCCUACGGCUGUGGCACAUGCAACAAGACAUUUGCAGAAAGUGGUUAUCUGAAGCAGCAUUCAAAGGUACACACUGGUGAACGCCCUUAUAGCUGUCUAAUAUGCAACAAGACAUUCACAGAAAGGGGUAAUCUAAAGAAGCAUUCAAAAUUGCACCUUGGUGAACGUCCAUACCGUUGUGAUGUUUGCAAUAAAACAUUUACACAAAAUGGUAGCUUGAAGAUGCACUCGAUGCUCCACACUGGCGAACGGCCAUACUCAUGUGGCGUGUGUGGCAUGUCAUUCAGGAGGCAAGCUGACCAGAGAAAACACAUGCAAAUGCACACUGGUGAAUGACCGUAUUUGAACACAUUCACAUUCAGGAGGAACACCCAGAACUUUCGGCUGCAUCCUAGGAGGGACUACACAGGUGCAGCAUUUGUUACAAGGAAUGUGAACUGAAUGGAAGCCAUGGGAAACAUCUACUUAUUUAUGAAAAGGAAUGCCUAUGUAAUGAUGUUGUAUGUGGGAAGAUACUCAUGACAGGCUGCAAACUGGAGAAGCACUCACUUCCACACACAUGAAAGUUUGAAAGUACACCAGCACUUGCAAAGUCCUAUUGCUGUGGCUUUUGUCAAAUGACAUUUAAGAGCAGACUUGUCAUUAAAUCUUAUGGUUAG